UGCAAAGAAUGUCGACGUCGCAAGUCCAAAUGCAACAAGGCAAUACCAACAUGUAACCUCUGUGUCAAGUACAGGAGACACUGUCUCUAUGAGAAACACUCACGUACCCCGUUGACCAGAAAGGGCAUGUCUACCAUCCUGGAGACGCCCCCUGCCACCGAUGACUUUGAAUGGGAUGAGCAGGACGACAUGGCGAGCCUGGCCGCCGCACUGUCGCCUAACCCGAACGACCCAGACGACACAGCUCUGGAUGGCAUGGCCUCGCUCUCGGUUGGCGAGAAGGAGGGCGGCUAUCUUGGCGUGGCCUCGGGUGCGGCCUUCAUCCGGCUGCUGGAGCCCAACAUGAAGAGGCGGACCUCCCAGACGAGGUCGAGGCCGUCUAUGAGCUCCUACCCGUCCAUGAUCCAGCAGCCCAACCCCAACCGACAGAUCGCCGACAUCAUGAUCGACGCCUACUUCAAGCUCUUCCACCUCAGCUAUCCCAUCCUCCACGAGCCGACGUUCAGGGCCCAGUUCUCUGAGGUCAUCCCCCGCCCCCAUGGCGACUCGUGGCUUGUUCUCGCCUACGUCGUGGCUGCUAUCGGUGUCUGGAGCUCUGCCAACUCCCCAGAAAACCUCGACCUCCAGCUCUUCGCACAGGCCCGGUCCAUCCUGACCUUCAACUUCCUGGAGCUCGGCAACCUGACCCUGGUCCAGGCGCUGACCCUCACGUCCAACUAUCAGCAGAAACGGGACAGGCCGAACUCGGCAUACAACUACCUGGGUCUUGCAGUGAGGAUGGCCAUGGGGCUGGGGCUGCACAAGGAAUUCCAGGGCUGGAACAUCUCACCCCUCAACAUGGAGAUCCGGCGCAGGGUUUGGUGGUCGCUCUGCGUCUUCGACUGUGGUGCCACCAUCACCUUCAGCAGACCGCUUACCUGGCCCUUUGACGGCGUCGAGGUGUCUCUGCCGAGAAACGUUCACGAUCGGGAACUCACACCAAAUUCGCUCAGCUAUCCUGCCGAGACCUCUGACAUUACACCCUACACCGCUGUUCGGAUACAGGCAUCCUUCCACCUCGCCACAAAUUACAUCUAUACCAGAGUGAUCGGCAAGCCCCUGCCAGGCGCCGAAGAGCUUGUGGAGCUCGACAAGGAGCGCAUCGAGCCCUGGCUGAAGCAAAUCCCGCCCUGUUUCGCCGAGUCAGCCACUGUCCCGCCGCAGUACACAUUUGCCCAUGUGGGCCUGAGCUGGCGGUACCGGAAUUUCCGCAUCAUCAUGUACCGCCCCUUUGUGAUCCGCAAGGCUUUCCGGGCCCGCGACGGUCGUCCGGAUGAUGACUCGCCUGCCAGCCUGCAUGCCUACAACAGCUGUCUGGCCGAUGCCAAGUACACCAUUACCUCUAUCAGCACUUAUUGGUCCUCCAACGAAAAUACGCGAAUGGGCGCCUGGUAUGCUUUGUAUUUCAUCUUCCAAGCUGCGCUGAUUCCCUGUAUCUGUCUUCGAAACCUGCCUCUGUCGGACCAGGCUGCCGACUGGCGCCGUCAGAUCACCACCGCCUUGCAGACAGUCGCCUCUCUCGCACCUGUCAACGUCAGCGCGGCACGGUGCUACGGCGUCAUUGCUGAGCUGUGU